AUGUAUAUCUACUAUCUGAACGAAACGAGCGAGAGUAUCAAAAAGCUACGUCCGCCAAAAGCGAACCGAAAAACAGCACAGCACAGCAUGUAG